UCUCAUCGCCCUUGCUUCUCUCUCCUUGUUCAUCUUCUUCACUCCUAAAACCCUAAUCUUAUCCAGACUCAGAAUUUCUCCGGCGACCCACCCCGUCCGCUGUAAAGUUGCCUCCUUUUUCCAUUUGGUUAGUUAGUUUCGGUGGUGGAGAAGCUUUUGUUUUCAUUUUCUCGUCGAUGCUGAUUGAGGAAACAACAUUUUUGCCGUGUGUCACUGAUCUUGUUUUUGGUGGCUUUAUCUGUUUUUUGUGUCGAAAAGGGACAAGUCAAAGUCUUAUGGAUUUAGACUUCGAUGAUCAACCUCCUGCUGCACCAGCUGGAAUAGCUAGGGCUGGUGCAAAGUUUAAACCGAAAGGUAGACCACAGCCCAAGAAGAAGCAACUCUCUCUUUCAACCUCCCAACCAACAACACUCUCUACCCUUCUUCCCAGUGAAAUGCUCUCAGCAACACAAAGCCAAGAUCCUGUUUCUCUUGAUGAUGUUUCAACUGUUGUCCCUGAUAGUGAACUCAUUAACCAAUCCACCGUUGUACCAAUCUCUAAAGAGAAUGUAUUCUCACAAGGGCUUUCUGUUCUUCGUCCUUGUUCUAACGUAAAUUCCGAGGGAAAGAAAUGUGAUAAUGGCACAGAGGCGGCACCUGCAAAUCCUCCUGAUGAUCCCAAAAGUCUAGAUUCUGCAACGUUUGGAGAUUUUGUUACUCAAAGUAUGCAAACAGGGGAUGACGAGUGCCAUUGGAACAUGGAGACUCUUAAUAUUAUACAGGAGGAAGGCAUCACCGCUGCAUAUGAGCAACAUAGUGGAAAGAUCCAACCAAAGCCUAGAUUGCAAGACGCUGUGAUUGAAGAACCUGAGUCUCAUUACUCUGUUGAUUAUCCAACGGCUGCUAACCAGUCUAAGGUUAUGGUCACUGCGACGAAUACGGUUCCUGGCGGAGAGGAACACGAAGAUCAUGUUAUAGGAGAAGAAGGAAAUGGGUUGGGGACUACAGUAGAAGAAGAAGCAACACGGUCAGGAAGAGAAAGCAAAAAGGGAAAAUCGAAGAGAGCUAGAAAGCAGAAAACCACUAGUGAAGAAGAACCAAAUAAGUCUAGCGAGACUCCUCAGAAGAAGAAGUUCAAGCAUUCAAGUCGUUGGAAAAGAAACAGAACAUUGGAGAAGGAAUUGCUUGAAACUCCGGAUGAUGAAAUCAAAUUUCUGCCCAUUAAAGAUAUGCUUCGCCUUGUUGAAUAUAGAGAAUGGAUGGAGAAAAAGGAAGCAAAGGGAGCUCCUGUUGUGCCGCCAACCCAAGAAAGUAAUACGAACGCAUCGGAGGAUAACCAUUAUUAUUCACAAGGUUUUGACGCAGAAGAUGAAUUUGGUAUGGCGGAGACUGAAAAUCAAGAAAAUAACGUUGUUAAACCAGACUCACCGGUGAACUAUCAAACGUAUAUGAAAAAGACUCCCAGAACUAGAUGGUCAAAGCAAGAUACAGAACUCUUCUAUGAGCGAAUUCAAGAGUUUGGGGGCAAUCUAUCGAUGGUACAACAAUUGUUUCCUGAUAGAACGUGUCAACAGAUCAAACUCAAGUUUAAAUUGGAAGAACGAAGGAAUCCAUUGAAGCUUAGCGAUGCAUUAUCAACUCGCUCGAAACAUAUUACUCAUUUCCAUACUUUGAUUAAGAAGCUUCUUCAGCAAGAAGCUGCAGCUGAAAGGGAAGCAGAAGAUGGAGAAGAGGCAGAGACAACUACUGAUGUUCCUGAGAAUGAGGAGCUUGCGAAGUCUGAGGAGACGGGUGAUGGAGUAGCUGGCGUUAAGGAACCGGACGGUGGGGAUAUUGAGAAUAACGGACGAGAUGAAUGUGAGGAUAAUGAGGGAGAUGAUGAUGAUGAGUUUUGGAAUUCUUAUAAAAGUGAUAUGUAACGACCAUAUGUAUAAACAAAUUAGUAAUCUGUUGCAUUAAGAUGAGUGA